CCCUCUAUAAAAUCAAUCAUCUAUCUGCUUCUACUCUCAACAUAUACAUACACUUCACCAGCGAGACAGUGAAAGAUCUAAGAACCUGCAAAGCAAAAAAAUGGCGACCCUUAAGGUUCCAUCUCAUGUUCCUUCCCCAUCUGAAGAUGCUGAGCAACUGAAAAGCGCCUUUGAGGGAUGGGGUACCAACGAGGACUUGAUCAUAUCAAUUUUGGCUCACAGAAGCGCUGAACAGAGGAAGCUGAUCAGACAGACAUACCAUGAAGCCUGUGGAGAAGACCUUCUCAAGACUCUUGACAAGGAACUCACCAGCGACUUCGAGAGAGCCAUCUUGCUCUGGACCCUUGAACCUGGUGAGCGUGAUGCCUUGUUGGCCAAUGAAGCUACCAAAAGAUGGACUUCAAGCAACCAAGUGCUCAUGGAAGUAGCCUGCACGAGGACCUCAACGCAGCUGCUUCACGCUAGGCAAGCUUACCAUGCUCGUUACAAGAAGUCUAUUGAAGAGGAUGUCGCUCACCACACCACCGGUGACUUCAGAAAGCUUUUGGUCUCUCUUGUUACCUCAUACAGGUACGAAGGAGACGAGGUGAACAUGACAUUGGCAAAGCAAGAAGCAAAGCUGAUCCAUGAGAAAAUCAAGGACAAGCACUACAGCGAUGAGGAUGUCAUUAGGAUUUUGUCCACAAGGAGCAGAGCUCAGAUCAAUGCUACUUUCAAUCGCUACCAAGAUGAGCACGGCGAGGAAAUCCUCAAGAGUCUUGAGGAAGGAGAUGAGGACGACAAGUUCCUCGGAUUGUUGAGGUCAACCAUUCAAUGCUUGACAAGACCAGAGCUCUACUUUGUGGAUGUUCUUCGUUCUGCUAUCAACAAAACCGGAACAGACGAAGGAGCUCUCACCAGGAUUGUGACUACAAGAGCUGAGAUUGACUUGAAGGUGAUCGGAGACGAGUAUCAGAGGAGGAACAGCAUUCCACUGGAGAAAGCCAUUACCAAGGACACUCGCGGAGAUUACGAGAAGAUGCUCGUCGCACUUCUCGGUGAAGAUGAUGCUUAAAUCCUCUAGAGAGAAACAAAAGCUUCUCUGGCUUCUGUUUUCUCUCAUCUCCCUCUCUCUUUCUUGUCUUGAAAUCGUUUGAUUCUGUUCUUUGAAAACUUAUCUGUUGUUUCUGUUGUGUGUUUUGAGUUUCCAAAUAAUGCGCGAGAGAGAAAGAGAGUCUGUCUCUUAAGUUAUAUAAACUAAUAAAAAUAAUGCUUUCAAAA